CCGCGCCGCGCGGUCAUGGCGCCACUUCUGCGCCCGCCGAGCCGCACGGAGUGGCGGCUUCGCGUCGGUAGGCAGUAGGAUGGCGCUGAAGACCCCGACGCCGGUCGUCGGCGAGCGCGAGACAUGGGGCAAGAAGGUCGACUUCCUGCUCUCUGUCAUCGGGUUCGCGGUCGACCUCGCUAACGUGUGGCGCUUCCCUUAUCUCUGCUAUAAGAAUGGAGGAGGUGCAUUUCUGGUACCGUAUUGCAUCAUGCUGGUGGUGGGAGGCAUACCACUGUUCUACAUGGAGUUGGCUCUCGGACAAUACCAUCGGAAAGGCGCCAUCACCUGCUGGGGCAGACUCGUGCCGCUCUUCAAAGGUAUCGGAUACGCCGUGGUUCUAAUAGCUUUCUACGUGGACUUCUACUACAACGUGAUCAUCGCGUGGGCUCUUCGCUUCUUCUUCGCUUCCUUCACCACCAUGCUCCCUUGGACUAACUGUGACAACGAAUGGAAUACCCCCUCCUGUCGACCGUUCGAAGCUGUGUGGGAAACAAACACAACCAACCGAUCUCGUUCGCGCAACACCUCAUUGGGACUCGCUCAAACAACUCCGUUCACUUCGGCAGCCUCUGAAUACUUCAAUCGCGCAAUUCUGGAGCUGCAGGGGAGCGAGGGGCUGCACGACCUGGGCUCUAUCAAGUGGGACAUGGCUCUGUGCCUCCUCGCCGUCUACAUCAUCUGCUAUUUCUCGCUUUGGAAGGGGAUCAGUACUUCUGGCAAAGUGGUUUGGUUCACGGCUCUGUUUCCUUACGCGGUCCUGCUGAUAUUACUAGUCCGCGGUAUCACGCUCCCAGGCUCUGCUACUGGCAUACAGUACUAUCUCAGUCCUAACUUCGAGGCCAUCACACAACCGCAGGUGUGGGUAGACGCGGCGACUCAAGUGUUCUUCUCUCUCGGGCCCGGCUUCGGAGUGCUUCUGGCUUACGCGUCUUACAACAAGUACCACAACAAUGUUUACAAGGACGCAAUACUAACAAGCGUGAUCAACUCGUGCACGUCAUUCGUGGCGGGGUUCGUCAUCUUCAGCGUGCUGGGGUACAUGGCGCACGCGUCGGGCCGACACGUGCGGGACGUCGCCGCGGAAGGUCCCGGACUUGUAUUCGUCGUCUAUCCCGCCGCCAUUGCCACCAUGCCAGGAUCUACCUUCUGGGCGCUGAUAUUCUUCAUGAUGCUGCUGACAUUGGGGCUCGAUAGUUCGUUCGGAGGAUCGGAAGCGAUAAUAACAGCUCUAAGUGAUGAGUUUCCACCAAUCGGCCGCCACCGCGAGCUCUUCGUGGCUGGUCUCUUCACGCUGUACUUCUUCGUGGGUCUGGCUUCCUGUACCAAGGGCGGUUUCUACUUCUUCCAACUGCUAGACCGAUACGCUGCCGGAUACUCUAUACUGAUCGCUGUGUUCUUUGAGGCUAUUGCUGUUUCUUGGAUUUAUGGUACUGAGCGUUUCUGCGAGGACAUUCGCGACAUGAUCGGCUUCAGGCCCGGCGUGUACUGGCGCGUGUGCUGGCGGUUCGCGGCUCCGGCCUUCCUACUGUUCAUCAUCGCUUACGGCCUGCUGGAUUAUGAACCGUUGCGGUACGAGGAUUACGUGUACCCAGGCUGGGCGAACGCGCUGGGCUGGGCCAUAGCCGGCUCCAGCGUGGUCUGCAUCCCCGCUGUGGCGAUAUACAAAAUGAUUACCACUAAAGGCACUUUCUUUGAGCGACUCCAACUUCUAACAACACCGUAUGCAGACAGCGAGGGCAACGGAACAGUCCACAACGGCAUGGUGGUAUCCGAGAGUGGGGGGGUCCGACUGGCCUCAGCAGCACAGACCCCGAGCAGCCCCCAUGCCCCCGCGACCACCCCUCCUCUGACCAACGCCUCUCCCAACCCCGCCGCCACCGCCCCCGCGCUCGUCUGAGCACAACUCUCCUUCGACGUCUACUACGUCUAAGCCCACAUCGGCUGCCUCAAAAAUCUAUGGCUGCCACAAGUUACCACGUGAAAUCUAACAAAUUAAUAGUCUUCAGAAAUUGAUGGAAUGUAGGUAGUAUUUCUCCUUUUAAAAUUAGGAGAAAAUUAUACUAAAAAAGGAAUGUAGUGUAGUAGCUAAAAUAAUCGACUAAUAAUGUAUGCUUUACUUAAUCGAUUGUUGAGAGUCGAUUAUGCAUAAUAUUAACGUAGUGUUGUAUAGUUUGCACAAAUAAAUUUAUAAUGCUUCGUUAUAAUCUUAUACGAAUGACUUAUGAAGGAACGCAUGGACUGGGAAGCGUGUGAAGGUUGUAAUCGUAAUGUUUAGUAAGCGCACUUACAUAAUUGUAUUAAUAUUUAUUCUGUAGUUCGUAAAUAAUAUAAUCACAACAUCAAUGUAUUUCUAUAUUUAUUUAUUAUUUCCGUAUAAGACAUUUGUAGCGUAAUAAUAAUUCAAAUACACCUUAAUAUAGUAAUGAAAUUCUGCUUCUAGAAUAUAGUUCAAGCUUUUAUCUCCGAUAUGGUAGCAAAGGCGCAACUAGUGCUCCUAUGUUUAAUAAUUAAGUGUAAAACUAUAAUAUUCAGCAAACCGUCGAUGUUCUUUAGCUGUAGUCUAGUUAUACCCAUUGAGCAUUAAAGGUUGACGCAGGAACAAUUAUUAUGUAUACAAUGGAAAGCUACACGAACCCCUGAGUUUUAGCUCCAAUAUUAUAUUUAUUAUUAGAGAUAAAUUAAUAUAUUUGCAGUAAAUAUCCAGAAUAAGUUCGUAAUUCUUUGGAUAAAAUCCACAUUCCUGUCAGGUAGCGAAAUAAUAUUAAUAAAAUAUUAGAGCUUUUUAUAUUAAAUAUUUUUUUUCCACUUUAGAUAAUAACUUUAAAACGUAAUAACGAUAAGAAGAAACGUGUAUUGUAGCAUUAAAGCUAUAGUGUUUUCUCUCGUAGACAUAUUAAAUUGAAAUCUUAAAAAUUAUACAUUAAGUAUUCAAAUGUAAUUGGAUAUAUUCUAUGGGUACCUAAUAUUUAUAAAAUUUGACUUGGUCAUUAGAUGUGCAGUGGUUAGUUAUUAUAAAGUAGCAAUAGGUGAUAACAUAACCAAAUUUAUUAUCUUUAAAGUUUAUAUUACUGUAUAAUGUAGGGAUUGCUUCUUUAACCUGUUUACAAAAAUUAAUAUUGAUACAUUUAAAUAAUAUAAACUUUAUUCAUAGGCGAUUUAUUGGCAUGGUCGUAAUAAAACAAUGAUAUUUCUAGUAGCAACUAAAUAUAAGAAAAAUAAAAUACUAUGAUAAGUGAGUAAUCAAUAAGAAAAAUGAAAUGCUGUGUAGAUAAUAGAAACAGUAGAAAAUAAUACGUAUAAUAUUAUAUAUUGAUGUGAAUAGAAAAGUUCAUAUACCCACAUAACGUAUACAUCUCAUUGUAUUAUCGAUCUGAAUGUAUUUCACUAUUUAUCGCUUUGUGUGUCUAUUUAAACUUUAAACUCAAUGUUAAUCUGAAUGUCGUAAGAAAUAAUGUUUUGGGUGCUCCAUUAACGAUUUAAUAUAUUUUAUUUGAUCAUGUAAUUAUUUUAAUGCCACUAUUCAUCACUCCGUCCUGGGCAAUGCGGACUGAUGAAUUGUGCAAAGAAAGUUUUGUCAUAAAGAACAUUAAACGAUCUUCCAUUUGAAGUAAGAUUGGUACGCUCCACACACGCUAACCAUUCUUUUCAAUAUGUAGAGUAGUAUAGAAUGUUUCUCAAUGUUUAUUCACAUUAUUCAUACUACUUACUCACUUUUAUUCAAGCGUAAUUAAAUGUAGACGUUCACGUAAUCAAUAUAAUAAAUAUCGAAUAAUGUAUCGAUCUCUAUUUAUUAGACAAUUGUGUAGUAGUGCCAAAUAUUAAUCAUUAGCUGUUGAACUUAUACAAUCAAUAGUCAUAUCAGCCAUUAUGACUUUUGAUUUUUUAUUUAGAAUAAAUUUAUACUUGAUGUA